CCAGUCCCAACAGAAACCAUGACAAAGAUUAUUCUCCUCACAGGUCUAGCCCUUCUGCUGCAUGCUCAGCUACGCUCUGCCUACCAGCUGACAUGCUAUUUCACCAACUGGGCCCAGUACCGGCCGGGCCUGGGAAGCUUCAAGCCUGACAACAUUGACACCUGCCUGUGUACUCAUCUGAUCUAUGCCUUUGCUGGGAUGCGUGACAACAAGAUCACCGCCAUGGAAUGGAAUGAUGUGACUCUCUACCAAUCUUUCAACGGCCUGAAAAACAAGUAAGAGAAGGGGGAGAUACUUAAUUUGGUAUCUCCUAAUUUCACUGCCAUGGUUUCCACUCAGGAGAACCGCCAGACUUUCAUCGCCUCAGUCAUCAAAUUCCUGCGUCAGUAUGGAUUUGACGGGCUGGACUUUGAUUGGGAGUACCCUGGCUCUCGUGGAAGCCCUCUUCAGGACAGGCAUCUCUUCACUGUCCUAGUGCAGGAAAUGCGUGAAGCUUUCGAGCAGGAAGCUGAGCAAGCCAACAAGCCCAGGCUGCUGGUCACUGCUGCAGUAGCUGCUGGUAUCUCCAACAUCCAGUCUGGUUAUGAGAUCCCUCAGCUGUCCCAGUACCUGGACUACAUCCAUGUCAUGACCUAUGACCUCCAUGGCUCCUGGGAGGGUUACACUGGGGAGAACAGCCCCCUCCACAAGUACCCAACUGACACUGGCAGCAAUGCCUACCUCAAUGUGGAUUAUGCCAUGAACUACUGGAAGGACAAUGGGGCCCCAGCUGAGAAGCUCAUCGUUGGAUUCCCUGCUUAUGGGCGUACCUUCAUCCUAAGCAAUCCUUCCAGCACUGGCAUUGGUGCCCCUACUUCUGGUGCUGGUUCUGCUGGACCCUAUACCAGGCAGGCUGGGUUCUGGGCCUACUAUGAGAUCUGUACCUUCCUGCAAAACGGAGCUACUCAGGCAUGGGAUGCCCCGCAGGAUGUGCCCUAUGCCUAUAAGGGCAAUGAAUGGGUUGGCUAUGACAAUGAAGAGAGCUUCAAAAUCAAGGCUCAGUGGCUUAAGCUGAACAAUUUCGGAGGUGCCAUGGUCUGGGCCAUUGACCUGGAUGAUUUCACAGGCACUUUCUGCAACCAGGGCAAGUUCCCUCUGAUCAACGCCUUGAAGGAUGCUCUUGGCCUGAACACUACAAGUUGCACAGCCUCGGCUCAGCCCAGUAAGCCCAACGGCAGGAGCGGAAGCGGAAGUGGAAGUGAGAGCGGAAGUGGGAGUGAAAGCGGGACUGGGAGCAGCAGUUCUGGAGAUAGCUCUGGCAGCAGCGGAUUCUGUGCUGGCAAAGCCGAUGGCCUCUACCCUGUGGCGAAUAACAGAAAUGCCUUCUGGCACUGUGCAAAUGGAAUCACAUAUAGGAAGAAUUGCCAGGCGGGGCUUGUCUUUGAUACCAGCUGUGAGUGCUGCAACUGGGCAUAAACCUGACCCGUGUCUCCAUUCCCUAGGGUUCUGAAUAGUCUCCUUUGCUUAGCACACCUUGCCCCUACCCAGAGUUCUGCAAUAAAAUCCAUCAGUCAAAACAUGAGUAUCCUUGGUUUUAAGUGAUUCGGGUGGAAA